AGGGCGGUAAAGGGCGGGGCGCGCGGCCGGGCGGCACAGGCUCCGGCCCCAUGCUCGCCGCACAGCAUGAGCGCCAGCGGCCCGGGCUACCCGCUCGCCUCGCUUUACGUGGGCGACCUGCACCCCGACGUGACCGAGUCGAUGCUGUACGAGAAGUUUUCGCCCGCCGGCCCCAUCCUGUCCAUCCGUGUCUGCCGCGACGUGUCUACGCGCCGCUCGCUGGGCUAUGCCUACGUCAACUUCCAGCAGCCUGCAGAUGCGGAGAGGGCCCUGGACACAGUGAACUUUGAGAUGAUCAAAGGCCAGCCCAUCCGCAUCAUGUGGUCCCAGCGAGACCCAGGACUUCGCAAGUCAGGUGUGGGCAACAUCUUCAUCAAGAACCUGGAGGAUUCCAUUGACAACAAGGCCUUAUAUGACACUUUCUCUGCUUUUGGGAACAUCCUUUCUUGUAAGGUGGUGUCUGAUGACCACGGCUCCCGAGGCUUUGGCUUUGUCCACUUUGAGACCCGCGAGUCUGCACAGAAAGCCAUCAGCACCAUGAACGGGAUGCUGCUGAAUGACCGCAAAGUCUUUGUUGGCAACUUCAAGUCCCGGCGUGAACGGGAAGCAGAGCUGGGGGCUCAGGCCAUGAUGUUCACUAACAUCUAUGUGAAGAACCUCCAAGUGGACGUGGAUGAGCAGGGCCUGCAGGACCUCUUCUCCCAGUUUGGGAAGAUGCUGAGUGUGAAGGUGAUGAGGGACAGUGGUGGCCACUCUCGAGGCUUCGGCUUUGUCAACUUUGAGAAACAUGAAGAAGCCCAGAAGGCGGUGAUGGACAUGAAUGGAAAGGAGGUAAGUGGGCGCUUAUUGUAUGUGGGCCGAGCCCAGAAGCGGAUGGAGCGGCAGAAUGAGCUGAAGCGCAGGUUUGAUCAGAUGAAGCAGGACCGACUAAAGCGUUACCAGGUGAGGGUACGGCCUGUUGGUGGCAGCUGCUGUGAUGGUGUGAACCUGUAUGUGAAGAAUCUGGAUGACUCUAUCAAUGAUGAGAAACUGAGGAAAGAAUUCUCCCCCUAUGGAGUGAUCACCAGUGCGAAGGUGAUGACAGAGGGUGGCCACAGCAAGGGGUUUGGCUUUGUGUGUUUUUCCUCCCCAGAAGAGGCAACAAAGGCCGUGACAGAGAUGAACGGGCAUAUUGUUGGUACCAAGCCACUGUACGUGGCACUGGCUCAGCGCAAAGAGGAACGGAAGGCCAUCUUGACCAACCAGUACAUGCAGCACCUCUCUACCAUGCGGGCUCUGGGUGGCCCCCUCUUGGGCUCCUUCCAGCAGCCCACCAGCUACUUCCUGCCCGCUGUGCCCCAGCCUCCAGCCCAGACUACAUAUUACACUUCCAGCCCUCUGGCACCCAUGCCACUGGCCCCCCGGUGGACAGCUCAGCCAUCUAGGCCUUCAUCUGCCUACCAUCCAGUAGCCUCAAUGGUCCGGACUCUGGCCAUGUCUCGGCGGCCCUCUGCCCAUCCAGCCAGUCCCAGGCAGGCUACUUCCCAGGUGCCACGCUCUGUUUCUCACACCCAACAAGUGGCCAACAUUGGUACCCAGACCACAGGAAUCUGUGGGGCAGGAUGCUCUGCACCGUGCAGCUCUCACCUGACAGACAAAUACUCCUCAGCCACACAAGCCUGUGGGGUCCAGGAGCCUGCUGUGUGCAUCUCUGGACAGGAGCCCCUGACGGCGUCCAUGGUGGCUGCAGCUCUACCACAUGAACAAAAGCAGAUGAUUGGUGAGCGUCUCUACCCUCUUGUCUACGAAAUCCACUCCCAGCUGGCUAACAAGAUCACGGGAAUGCUGCUGGAGAUCGACAGCUCGGAGCUGCUGCUCAUGUUGGAGUCUCCAGAGUCCCUCCAUGCCAAGGUAGAAGAGGCUUUGGCAGUGUUGCAGGCACACCAAGCCAUGGAGCAGACAAAAAUGAAUGUGCACUGACACCAGGUGGGUGGGGGUGGGAGGAUUGAUGGAAUGGCUGAGAAAGCCCAGAAGCUGUAAAGGACUUGGCAGGGACUGACUUUAAUCAGCUAAUCAAGAACCAUGGGUGUCAAUGGCUUUCUCGGAGGGACCAAGGAGUUUGAGGGAAGUGGUGAAAAUGGAAGGAGAGGACAGUGUGUGGGCUCUUGUGCAAAGUGAAAGACAUGCUUUGCCUUAGCUGCCCUGCCUGACCUCACUCAGAACAGGCUGGUGUUUUCCAGGCACUGCCAGCCUGGCUCCCUUUUGGUUGCUUGACAACCUGGCAGCGCCUUGUUUGUGGUCUCAGUUGAAGACCCAGUAUCUGCUAAAUCUGAGAAACAUGUUCAUGCCCUCCCCAAAAUGGAACCUAACUCCCUUGGCUGUCAGAACAGUGUUUUCCUCCUCUUGGCUCUAGGCCCGGUGAACCUUAACUUUAGUUACUAGUAGGGUUGUGUCUGUACUGGAGCUCUGUAUGUAAAAUAUGGGCUGGUUCUCCAACCAGCCUGUUAAACCUUUUGCUUUUUUGCAUUAAAAGUACUGCAAACUC